AUGUUUAAUAGCUCUCAAAACAAUAGAGAUUAUGGAAAAUGCUGUGCUAUAGAAAGUAGUGAACGAUGUGGAUGUCAGAGAUUUAUAGCACUUAAUAAUGGAAAAACUUGUGAAGUUUGUAAUCACCACUAUGGUUAUCACGAAGAUAAAGAAGAAAAUAGAUUAUUAAGCAAUAGGCAAAGGGUUUCUACUUUAGAUGAAUUAUAUACUCAGUCUAAUAAUUCUAAUAUUACCCAAACUUUUGAUAAUCAAGAGACUGAUACAUCCCUAUCUACUAAUUCUGUAUUAAAUCAGUUGUUAGCUGGACGAGCACUUGAAGAACAGUCCAUAGCAAAUGAAUUAAGCAAAACUUUUGCUCAAAGUCGUUUAGUUAACAAUAACCAAUUGUUUGAUCUGUCCUUACAAAUGAAUCGAAAUAAAAGAAGAAAACAUGUGGAAAUUAAACCUAAAAUUAAAGAAAUGUGUGUUACAGUUAUUGUUUUACCUGAUGUUGGUCCUCAACUUAAAAUGCCAACAAUAAUACAGCCAAGAUACGAAAAAAUUCGUGAUGCUGGUUUAAUUAAAGAUAUAACAUUCAAGGAAACAGAUAAUAUCAUACAAAAAAUUGAAAGUAAUUUUCCGGCAUUAGCAGAUAGGGAAUGGACGUUCAGAUCCACAUCUACAAACCAUACAACUGUAGAAUAUGUAUUAACUGAUGAAGUUACUCUUAAUUUUGCAUUGAUUAAAAGACUAUUAGUAAAUAGAACUAAAUUGUACUUAUCGCCAAAGUAUUUACCAAUUCAAUUACCUCAAGAAGAAGAUACUCAAUUAGAAUGGGUAGAUAUCGAAGUAGAUGAUGAUUCUUUAAGAAUGCAACAGACUUUAAGACAUACCAGUAGAACUGGAGUGGAUGCUAAUAUGUCACACAUGAUUCCAUUAUCUUAUAAUUCAUCAUCUGCAACAACAUCAACAGCUACAACAGAAAUAUCAACAUCUUACAUUAAUGAUUCAUCAGCUGCAACAGCAUCAGAAUCAGCAACAUCAACAUUAACAAUUUUGGAUUCAACUAAUCCAAUUAAUACACCUUUAUUAAGAUCUACUGGACGAACUUCUGGAUCAACAAUUAGAUCAGAUGAAUCCCUUGUAGAAAUUACUGAAAUAGAUUCGUCUGAUUUUUAUAAAAAUAAAAAUAAAAAUGUAGAUAAUUUCAUUCAAGAAAUUUUAACACAAUUACAAGUAGAUAACUGUAUAUCUGGAAUGAAUAUGAUUAAAAUAGAAAAUACGAUAGAUGUUGUUGAUAAUAUAAUGGAUUGGAUCAAACAUACAACUGAUGUUGAUUUAUUAAAAAAGCCAUUUAUUUCUGUAACUAGUGAAAGGGUUGCUGAUGCCGGAGGAGUUUUUUUACAUGUAAUACAAAAGUUUUGGGACCAAAUCAAAGAUUAUAAAUUUGGAGAUUGUGGAAAUACGAAAAGAAUUAAAACUGGGAAUGAUAGAGGUUUAGGGGAAUGGGCUAUUCAACAUGAAUUACAGGAAGCAAAUUUAUUAUCAUCAACUAAUAACAAGAUGGAUAUAGCUCAAUUUAUAGCCAAAUUUGAAAUUGAAGACUCAAGAAUUUCUCAAUUAAAUGAUUUAAAGAAAGGGUUUGACGUUUUUAAAAUAGUUGAGAUAAUCAAGAUGAACAUUUUCGAUAUCACAUGGAACGACUUUAAGAAAAAACUUUAUAAAGUGGUUAUAUCGGAGAGUGAUCUCUUAGAACAAUUUGAUACUAAGAUGAACAUUAAAAGAAUUGAAGGGAAAGUGAUGAGAGAAACAUGUUACUUGGUAUUCUUUGAUUAUUUAAGAAGUCUUAAAAUACCUUUAGAUCGAAAAAAUGUUUUAAGAUUUAUAUGUGGAAGAAUAUCUAUUCCACUUCCUGAUCAUCAAAAAAUUCAAAUUAAAUGGAAAAAUAGUGGAAGCAAGGAGCAGCAGCUCCUUAGGAUACCCCACGCUAAAACUUGUAUGCGAACUAUAUGGCUUUCAGAUAAUUAUGAAGAAAAUGAAAUUGAAAUAUUUAGGCAAGAUUUAAAAAUUGCACUUGAACAAAGCAUUAAUAAUGGUUUUUGUGAUUAG